AUGUCCGGUAGAGGAAAAGGUGGAAAAGGUUUAGGAAAAGGUGGUGCCAAGCGUCACAGAAAGAUCUUGAGAGAUAACAUCCAAGGUAUUACCAAGCCAGCUAUUAGAAGAUUAGCUAGAAGAGGUGGUGUUAAGCGUAUUUCCGGUUUGAUUUACGAAGAAGUCAGAGGUGUCUUAAAGACCUUCUUAGAAAACGUUAUCAGAGAUGCUGUCACCUAUACCGAACACGCCAAGAGAAAGACUGUUACCUCAUUAGAUGUUGUUUACGCCUUAAAGAGACAAGGUAGAACCUUAUAUGGUUUCGGUGGUUAA